AUGUCUACACCUCAAUGCGAUCUGCGGCUCUUUACUGCACAGUCGCCGAACGGUUACAAGAUUUCUAUCACUUUGGAAGAGCUUGGUCUACCAUACGACAUGACCGUUGUCGACCUCAAAAAUAUGGCGCACAAAGACCCUGCUUUCCUCUCCAUCAACCCCAACGGACGUAUACCAGCCAUGAAAGAUAAAAGCUUUGGCGACGCAACUUUUUCCCUUUUUGAAUCGGGUAGCAUCCAACAAUACUUGGUCGAUCGUUACGACUCUCACCACAAGCUGUCGUAUCCAAGAGGUACGAGGGAAUACUACGAAACCAGCAACUGGCUGUUCUUUCAGAAUGCUGGUGUAGGACCCAUGCAAGGCCAGGCUAAUCACUUCCUACGAUACUCCCUGGCGGAAGAGCCUUUACCCUAUGCCAUAGACAGAUAUCAGAACGAAACUAGACGACUGUACCGCACGGUUGAUAAGCAUCUGGAGACUACUGCAACUGAUUUUCUUGUUGGCGGCAAAAUGACCAUUGCUGACAUUGCACUGUGGUGCUGGGUCGAUUCCGCGAGCUUCACCAACAUUGAUGUGUCCGAGUUUCCGACCUUGCAAAGAUGGCACAAGCGAAUUUCAGCUCGUCCAGCUGUGCAGAAGGGCCGCAAGAUUCCAGCGGGUGCGGACCUUAACCAAGUGAUUAAAAAUUCGGCCGACUUUGAGAAGUUUCUGAGUGGGAAUAGAGAGUGGAUUGCUCAAGGGUUGUCUGACGAUGCGAGAAAGGGUUGA